GAGCCAGUUAGACCACAGACCUCAAUUUUGAAGAGUAAUUUCAACACAAAAUUCUCUCAGCAGUAUCAGCAACAAGAGAAGAUGUAUUUGACCGGUAUCACAAAGUACAGAAACAGAUAUAAGAAUGCCGAUGAUUACUAUGACAAAUCAGUUGUGCCAGAUGAUGUAGACACAGCCCCAGAGAGCAGUUAUAGUGCUGCGAGUGAACCUACAGAAUUCAGUAGAAUCGGUAGCAUGGAUUCGGAAAUAUUCCCAACAGAAGAUUCCGAUUAUCUGAACGACAGAAAUGACAAGGGCAGAGAAUAUGAAGCCCUUAAAGCGUUGGGACAUCAAAUCGGCUCUGAGCUAUUGAACAAGGAAUUUGAAUCCAUAUCGGAGUAUUCCCUGGAUUCGAAUCUUCUAUUAGAACUAUUGAACAAAAACGAUGAGAUUCAGCUAAAGAACACGGAUGCGAAUGGAAGCAUAUCCGAGCGAUUAGAGUGGCAAGCAAUGCUUCAGACAGUGUUGACUGGUGAUGUCGUCACUGGUGAGAAAACUAAAUUAGUAAAACCUCUUACGGAACUUGAGGGCGAAAAUAUGUUGCAUGUUGGGUACAAAGAAGAUUUCUGGCUUGGAAUAAGAGCAAAACUAUACGGUAGAACAGAAGAAGAGCAGAAGAGGUUGGUUUUGUAUCACCGUGGUUUAGUCGAUGGAACAUUUGAUGAGAUCAUGAACUUCAAGCUAGAAUUCCCUCUAGACGGUGCAGAAAUGUCAUAUGUAGAAAAAGUGAGGUUUGCAUCAAAAAAGGUUAACGACUUACUUAACAAAUAUGAAAGAUGCCAAGAACUUUGGAGAACCCAAAAGGAAAUGGAGACUGAUAAACCACAAUGUGCGACGCCAGAAUUUAACAGCAGAUUAAAUUGUUUAGUUGCAUGGAUAUCUGUUACCGAUGCAGUAGAGAGGGAAUCUGAUGUGCUAAAAAAAUGGGUUGGAAAUGAUGAUUUAGAUGUCCUUAGAGCAGGAUGCUCUUCUUCUAGCUCCGCAUCCUCACCAGAAAUUGAUGAGGCCGCUACAAAUGGCGGGAAAGUAAAAGAUGAUGAUCAGAUGUUCAAAGAUGACCGCCCAUUUGUUGAAAGGAUUCUGAAGGAGAAAGAUAUUGAAAACCUGUUUAACAAGAGGUUGUUUACAACUUUCUCUCACUGGACAAUAAAGGCUAAGACAUCACACUUGGAAUACCAUCAAUAUUUUAAUGAGUUGGGAUUACCUUCAUAUUUGGAUAACCUUUUUGUUUUGACCAAUUUUCCAUCAAAACUUAUGAAAGAAAUUAUAAAGACCAGACUUGCUUAUGCCAAGAAACUAACAAAUCCUACGAUGAUGAUGAUUGACCAAACGCUAGAUGAUUUGAAGAUGUAUCUCAGAUUGUCAUUAGAGAUCAAAAUUAGUAUGUUAGAAUAUUGUGCUCCUGUUAACGGCUGGAUCUCGUUUCCAGAUUAUCAAGACCCUGAAUUUGAUAAUGCCAUUAUUCAAUGUGUCAACCACUACAUGUAUUUGCUAAACAGAAAACUGUUGUUUUCUCCAAAAGGCUUGAAAUCAUUUAGAACCUUUAAAGAACCCGAAGAGCUGGAAAAAGAAUGGGAGUUUUUGCAGAACAUGGGAUUUUACAUCAGCGAAAUUUCUGUUGAAUUUUCAGUUCAAAUCACUUCACUUGCGUUGAAAUUGAUCAACCGAUUAUACUCGUUCAUUCAACAUCAAAUACAGGGUCCACCUUCUGAUGGAUUCAGAUUGGACAGCCAACGAUUGAUUCGUUGGUACACAUCCUCUAUUGAGAACUUUGGACAGAUGAGAAGAAAAUUUAUAAGAUUUGAAAUUGGUUUGUUUCAGUACUUUCUUAACUCAGUAAAGUUCAAAGUACUACCUCAAAAAACACAGAAGUUUUUCUCUUUACUCAAAGAAUCCAACCAUGCACUUUUUCAUAGUCCAAAAAUAGCAGAGGAUGGUGUAUACAUCUUUGUUUCAGAAUCUCUUGUUAAUAGGCCUUACGAUGUUAGCUGCAUUCUCAAAAACACAUACUUGGGCGUGAAUUUUGCUAAUAUUCCUAAGAGACAUAUUGAUGUCAUACGAAGCUAUCAUCCUUCUAUUCAAUACGAUAAUGCAACCUCUGAUUAUGAUGACGAAGAGGAAGAAACAAAUAAUUUGAGCCUGGAUUACGUUAUUGUGAUAGUUCCACCAAAGGCACUGAUGUGGGAUGGUGCUGUAAUACCAUUUUCAGACGUUGACCAUUUAUCAAUUGGCGAACUAACCAGAGGAAAUGCAAUGUUUUUGACAGCAGGUGGACCUGCGCUGAACAUUUCCGAUACUUUUGACAUUUUCAAACAGUAUGCAGGCGAAACGAUAGGCUCAAACUCAAAAGUAUGUUGCUCAGUUCCAAAACUUGAGGAGAACUUUCAGACUACAAUAAAAAUCUUUUUACGUCUUACUUGCCUUACCAUCGACUCUACACCUUCAAUCAGAAACCUUUGUAGAGGUGUCGGAAAUUGUCAAGAGCUAGUCAAUAAUAUUUUUAUCUUUGCUAGAGAUGUUGGGCGUGAUUCAAUUAGAAAUUCUGCAUUAAUGUUUGAUCUCUCUUCAGCUAGAGGAACUAUCAUUUUAAGGAUGGUAAAACUAGCUAUUGAAUGGCUAAGCUUCAUAGUCGAUGAUUGUUCUCCAACAGACCCUAAAACAUUUAGAUGGUGUGUUUCAGCCCUUGAGUUUGCGAUGGAUGUAACUAGAGGUUUCAAUAUCCUAACGCUCGAUUCUGAAAAGUUCUAUAGACUCAAAGACAAAGUUGCUGGAUGUAUGUCAUUAUUGAUUGCCCAUUUCGAUAUUAUGGGUGCUCGUGCCAAGGAAUUGCAGAAGACAAGAAUGCAAAAGUAUGCAUUAAAUUCUCAAAAGGAUAUUUACACACUAGACGAUGAAUCUCUUGGUUCAUUGAGGCAACAUAUAAUGCAUCAGAUUGGUAUGAUUGAAGAAGAACGUAGACACUUACAAGUCGAACAAAGGAGUGUUGGUAGAGUUUUGGACGAUACAAAUAUGGAGAAUCAAUUGUUAACUUAUUUGGCUUCAUCUUUCUCGAGUGUCUCAAUUCGUUGGCAAAAGGGCAAAUUUCUGGGUGGUGGCACAUUUGGAUCUGUUUUUGCAUGUGUUAACUUGGACACAGGUGGUCCGAUGGCUGUCAAAGAGAUACGUUUCCAAGACAGGCAAUCGAUCAAAACGAUUGUUCCUGCAAUCAAAGGUGAGAUGUCUGUAUUGGAGUUGCUAUCGCAUCCUAACAUUGUGCAAUUCUUUGGAGUGGAAGUUCACCGUGACCGUGUUUAUAUCUUUAUGGAAUACUGUUCUGGAGGUUCAUUAGCAGGAUUGUUAGAGUACGGUAGGAUUGAGGAUGAGCUUGUUAUUCAAUUGUACACGCUACAAAUGUUAGAAGCCAUGGCGUAUUUGCAUCAGUUUGGUAUUGUUCACAGAGAUGUUAAACCUGAUAAUAUAUUAUUGGACCAUAUGGGUGUUAUCAAGUUUGUUGACUUUGGUUCUGCCAAAGUCAUUGCCAUUCCUAAUGGGGGCUCGGCUAGUGGUAGUGCAAGCGGACCUUCAAGUGGAACUUCAAAUAACAACAACAAUAACAGUAUGAUUUCAAACUCUAAUCCAAAUACCUCCUAUGAAAGCAAGAAGUCACACGCUCUUACCGGCACUCCGAUGUACAUGUCACCUGAAACAAUCAAGGGGGACAAUGUUGGUAGGUUUGGGGCGAUGGAUAUAUGGUCACUUGGAUGCUGUGUUUUGGAAAUGGCCACUGGACGUAGACCUUGGAGUAAUUUGGACAAUGAGUUUGCCGUGAUGUAUCAUAUUGCAGCAGGACAUCUACCACAAUUCCCAUCGACGAAGGAAUUGAGUGAACAGGGACAAGAGUUCCUGGCCAAAUGUUUGACGAUCAAUCCUCAGAAGAGAGCAAGCGCUGUUGAGUUGUUGCAAGAUCCAUGGAUCCAGGCUAUUCGGAACGAGGCCUUCUCUGAUCCGAGUGGAACGAAUGUGAAUGAA